AUGAAUCUUUACAGUGGUCUAUAUGAAUGGUACGAUGGGAAAGCUGGGCUGCGUCAUUUGCCAGUUGUGCCGGAGAGAAGAUGGGCAUCAUCUGUGCUUGUUGCAUCAAUAGAUUUUGAGGCCCUAUGGUCUGAUAGCUGUAAGGAGUUUCCAGGUGAGUUUAGUCUGAUUAAGAAGCUGGGGAACAUGGGAAAAAAGAUGAGACAAUGGAAUAAAUCCACUUUCGGGGAUCAGAAUCUAAAACUUGCAGACAUCCAGAACUCCAUUACAACACUUGAAAACAAAAGCGAAGUGUGCCCCUUGUCUGAGACCGAAAAAACAAAGCUCCAGGGGUUGAACUCUGAUUUAUGGGAGGUUAACAGAAGGGUUGAAGAUAUCUGGAGACAAAAAUCUCGUCAAAACUGGUGUAAAACAGGGGAUAAGAACACUCGUUUUUUUCACAUAUCAGCAAGUCUAAGGAAAGGCCGCAACUACAUUAGUAAGAUUGAUCAUAAUGGUAGUCACCUAGUCUCCCCAAAUGAUAUAAAAGAAGGCGCUGUCAACUUCUUCUCAUCCUUGUUUCGGAAACCAACGUGUAAAAGAAUUGAAAUGGGAGGCUCGGGGUUCUCCAAAAUUUCAGAAGCAAAGUCUAUUUGGCUAGAAAGACCACCUUCAAUGGAAGAAGUUAAGCAAGCUGUGUGGGAAUGUGAUGGUUCUAAAGCCCCUGGCCCCGAUGGUUUCACCUUCUCCUUCUAUAAAAAGCAAGAAGGAGCAUGGCCUCUUACUGAAGCCAUCUUGAUAAACGGUUCCCCCAGUAGAGAAUUUAGUCUGGAGAGGGGUCUCAGGCAAGGGGACCCUCUCUCUCCUUUCCUAUUUGACAUCGCAGUUCAGGGAUUGACAGUUUUAUUCAAUAGGGCAUCAGCUUCAGGUUAUUUCAAAGGCUUACAGACUGCUCCAGGACAUUACAUAACUCAUUUGCAAUAUGCCGAUGACUCUCUGAUUUUCCUGCCAAAUGAUUUUCCCUCUCUUCUACAUGCUAAGAGGAUACUUCGCUGGUUUGAGAUCAUUUCCGGAUUGAAAGUUAAUUUCUAUAAAAGCUCACUAAUAGGUAUCAACUUGGACAACGACUACACCUCUAGCUUGGCGAACUCAGUUUUCUGUCGUAGUGAUACUUUCCCGGUCAGGUACCUUGGACUACCUCUUGGAGCCAAUCCCAGCAGACUCUCUACUUGGAAACCAGUGCUGUCCACUAUCAGAGCAAAGCUAAGCACAUGGAAAGGGAAUUUUUUUAGCAUGGCGGGAAGGUUAUGUCUAAUUAAAUCAGUCUUAAGCUCUCUUCCUUUGUUCUACAUGUCAGUUUUUGCUAUGCCAAAGGGUAUUAUUAAAGUCAUCUCUUCUCUAACCCGGUCUUUUCUCUGGAAAGGAACCUCAACAUCUUAUGGGAUUUUUAAGGUGGCCUGGCACAAGGUAAUAAAGAGUAAAUCUUCUGGUGGUCUCGGGCUGGGAUCCAUCCACAACAAAAAUUUGGCUCUGCUAUUUAAAUGGAUUUGGAAUCUGGAUAAUGGAGUGGUAGGAGGCUGGCAAGAACACAUUCCUCUAAAAUACCGACCUCACUUUAUUAAUGGUAUCCCUGAGUUCACAGGUUCUUUAUCUCCAACUUGGCAUGGCAUUGUUUCGAUGAUCUUCUCAACACAAAACAUAUCCAAUCUUUUACAUGCAAAUGUCGGGUUCAAGGUGGGUGAUGGGAGGAACAUCCGGUUUUGGACUGACUCUUGGCUUGGCUCUACAACCACUCUCCAACUCUUAUUCCCCAGACUGUAUAACCUCUCCCUGCAGCAAAAAUCCAGCCUUGCAGAUAUAUGUGAUUUGACAAAUACAUCUUUCAACCUAUCCUGGAGAAGACCCCUCCGGCUUCGUGAAAACUGCAUGAGGGAGAGCUUGAUCGCAGAGGUGCAGCGUGGUCUCAUUUUCUCAGAUGGUGCAGACCGCAAGGUAUGGAAAUUUCACAGCUCUGGCAUGUACUCAGCUCAAUCAGGUUGCGCUCUUUUUGAUAGUCUAUCGGUAACUGAAAAUAAUCACUCCCCUGUUCUGCUAUGGAAUGGUUAUGCUCCUCUAAAAGUGGAUGUGUUCAUAUGGCUUCUUCUUCAUGGCAGUUUGAGUACACGAAGUUUUUUAGCUGAGAGGAGAAUCAUUAAAUAUGAGGAAUCUCACUGCCCAUUUUGCUGCAAGGAAAUUGAGACAAUUAAUCAUCUCUUCCAUUGGUGUCCUAUAACAUGGUCUCUUUGGGGUCGUUUCUUGAACUGGUUUGGGUGCUUAGGUUGUCUGCACAAAGACCCAUAUCAACAUCUACAGGAAUGGUCCGGUUUGAUUAAUGGAAAUUUUCAGCGACGUGCUAUUACCCUCCUUUGCAAAGGUCUGUACUAG